AUGGCCGUCGUCAUCACAUCUGACGAGGCCGCUCACUUUGCGCCUGGGAUGCGGCGCUCACACUCACAGCCCAAGUUCUCUACAAAACAGACUGGGUUUCGACAGUCGGCGUCCGCCUCCAGGAUCAGCGACGUCUACCAGCAGCAGCAACGCCAGCAGCAGCAGCAGUCUCAACAAACACAGCACAUAUCACAAUCCCCACAGUCUGAAUCACAGGCACGCCAAUCCUCGCCCGAACCAUAUCAACAGAUACCCGUUUUCUCCGAUUCGUCAAAUUCCUCGAGCACGUCGUCUCCCCGCGCCUCUCCUACUGGCGAUGCUGCUAUCGCUUCGUCAUCACCAUCCAAGCUCCUCGUGCCAGCUAUGCGCUUGCCACAACGCCUUGGCCGCCCGGGCUACGGCUCAUCACCAAACGGAACUGACGACGGCACAGAUGCCGACGUGGCCAUCGACUACCCACAUUACGAUGGAGUGAGCUACUUCAACCCGACCAAAGAUUUUGAUUCGCCAAGUCCCAGCGGUAUUGGCGAGGUGUAUGCCGCAUCGCCGAACGACAACACAACCGUGUCGUCCACAGGCCCGUCAAGAACGAACUCGUCCGAUCAGUUCGAUCUGUUUGAGCAUGUGGCCGGGGACGACACGGCCGUUCGCGCGAUGCCGUCUCGUCAUGUCGACUACCUUUCACAUAACUGGAAGGAGGAAGACAUUUGGGAGUCGUGGAAGUAUAUCGUCUCGCGCAGAGGCGACUACAGCAACUCGGCACGGCUAGAGAACGCUUCAUGGAGAACGUGGAUAAAGUCCAAGAACAAGCUGAAGACCGUUUCUCCUGAAACGCUCAACUGGCUCAAGGACUGUGAUGUGACGUGGCUGUAUGGCCCAUUACAAACAGGCCACGCUGCCGUGCCUCCUGGGCAAGUAGCAGAUAGUGUCGAACUGACCAAGUCAAACUCGUUCCUGGCGAACAACAAGAAACCCAUCCUGAAGAAGCGGAGUAUGUCAGAGAUCAUGCUUCAGCGAUCGCUGUCUGCCUCGUCUUUGAUCAAGCAAGCUGCUGCAGCCGUCCAGGCUCAGCAGAAGGACUCGGGUGCGCGGAGGAUGUCUCGCCCACGACUCGAGCGUGCUACAACAGACUACUAUAGCACGGGCCCGCCUAGCAUGCUGCCGUCUACCUCUUCCUCAGGAAUUGUCUCGCCGACCUCAGAACGAAGACACAUCCAUUUCAACGAGCAAGUCGAGCAGUGCAUAGCCGUUGAAGCCAAGGGAGAAGACGAUGAUGCCGAUAGCUUCAUUGCCCGUCCCAAUUACGACAGCGACUCGGAUGACGGCGCCAUCAUGAUGAAGCGCACAACAUCAAAGCACCGUAUGCAGCCGCGUCGGCGCCACAGCUACAUGAACCACCACAAUGAGAGCAAAACCAUCGCCAUGCUUCCGUCGACCACCCUCAAGUAUCGCGAGGACACGGAAGAUCGACCGGGUGCCGGAUCGACCGGGUCCGCGAUGAAACACAGUUAUCGCAGCCCUGUUCUGUCACCCUCUUCGUCGCAGGAAACGCUACGUCCGUCAAAAGCAUCCGGCAAACUUUUUUUUGGUGCGGAUGAUGACGAUGACGAAGACGACGAAGAGAGUGACGGGCACGUUGUCCAGCAACCCAAGGAUGACGACGAUGACGAUGACGAUAACGAUAGCAAUAGUGAUGACGACAAUUUCGGUAUGGCCAUGAGCGGCCCAAUCCUGCGUGCCGGCGGCCUAAAGUUGUCAGGAUCGACCUCGAGACUCGGCGGCAAUUCAAUCGACAGUGCCCUGCACGCUUCAUCCAUGUUUGACAACAUUGGCAGCAGCAGCAGCAGUAGUGGCGGCGGUGGGCUUAAGCGAACAACUUCGACCAGCAGCCUUUCCGCAGAACCUACCGGGAUGCGUAGAACAUCCUCGGGCAUGUUCAUGCCCUACGACGAAGGUGAGCCAGCAGAAGGCGGUAAUGGUGGGCUGGUUGGUCGAGUCAUUGAUACGGUCAACACAGCCCGCGACAUUAUCCACGUUAUUUGGAACGUCGGCUGGAGACCUUGA